GGGAGAACUCUACAAGAAGAAACGUUUAUCAACUGUAAACAAAAUCGUAUUUUUCUACCUUAUGGAUAAAUAAAUCAAAUGUUUAGAAAAAUUUAAUGUUUAGAAACAUGAUCACGACACCUACAAACUGCAGUGUAUUACACAGACCUUCCAAGAAAUUUUGUUUCGGAUUCUGUUUAAUUAUCAUUGUUUGCCUUGUUUUCUACACUCAACGUGUGAUCAAUACUUCGGAAGAAACAUAUGCUCAAACUAGCUUUUCUAAAGAACGGCAUUUAUCAACAGAAUAUACAGCACUUAAAGACGUUUACCAUAGCUAUGUACGAGAUAAAACGUCCAACUUUGAAAAAAAUCAUAGUGAGUUUGUAGCAGUGGCUUCCCUUGGUUUAACACAACAAACUCAACAGCCUCAUAGACCCACGCAACUGACCCAGUCAAUAACUGGAACUUUAAACAAGGCCAGGAACACACAGAGUUAUCUCACACUCUCAAAUAAUAACAAAUUUAAUGACAGCCUACACAUUGUUAAACUAUUAUUCAAUGACAAUAAAACCAAUUCUGACACAAGUACGUUAGAGAUAGAAGAAUACGUUGAACUGUGCCAAAAGUCCAAAUAUCUAGAAUGUCCAAUUAAGAAAGUAAAAUCUUUCAACAGAACAUUUCAUAUAUCAGUUGCAAACUGGCCUAGUUGGUUGCCGGCGACGGUAUUUCAAUUUUCUACAUGUAGACACAGCAACUGUGUUUUCGACAAAGUCAUCAGUCAGACAACGGAUGUCGUCCUUGUACACGGCGUUGGUCUUGACGACCAGAUGGUACCAGCAAAAAGAUGGCCGCACCAGACGUACGGCUUUGUUGUCUGGGAGCCGCCUGGUGCCAUGCACGCCAAAUUUCUAAAGCGAAACGUCUCACUCUGGGACAACUACUUUAACUUCACUGUGUCCUACAGGACAGACUCGGACAUUUUUAAUCCAUACGGCAAGCUAAAGCUGAACCCCAAACCACUGAAAGAAAGACCCAACUAUCUGGAGAUCGCUAAAAAGAAGAACAAAACAGCCGCCUGGUUUGUCAGCAACUGUUACGCACCUUCUAAAAGACUUGAAUACGUUAGAGAAAUGCAGAAAUAUGUAGACAUUGACGUUCUCGGCAAAUGUGGCGUUAAAUGCGAAGGGGAAAAAAUCAACUUGUGUGAGUCGUUUCCUGAAAAUUACAAGUUCUAUUUGUCAUUUGAGAGUUCGUUUUGUGAUGAUUACGUCACGGAAAAGUUUUUUAAAGUAUUUGAACCGGACACCCACGUGGUCCCUGUGGUCAGGGGUACCGUGGACUACGACCAAUCUUUCCCUAACGGCACGUUCAUUAACGCGGCACAUUUCCAGAGCCCCAAAGACUUGGCGUUGUUCUUGAGGCAGCUUGCUUCAAAUCUCGAGGCCUAUAGCGAGGUUCUAAAACGUAAACUUGACUACGUCUAUCAUUGGCAAUCGCAUAUUGAUAUAGCGUGUGGUGUUUGCGAUGCUUUAAAUGAAAACCCAUCACUUAACAAAAGCAUUAACAUUAGACAAUGGUUGAACAAUAAGACUUGUCACUCUCCUACAGACAUUUAACACACACAUUUAGGGAUAAGACUUUUCGCAACUUAUAUGUAUGGUUAGCCAUAAGAUCAAUAAACUGUUAAAUUGCCAAAACAGUACGGCAAGGAACUGACAUGAAUGGUGUAAAGCUGUUUGGUUUAAACUUGGACUUAUGUCUCUAGUAUAGUUUAUAAUUUCCCUUUCAAACCUUAGUGAAACCUGGGGCAAGUGAAGUAGAGUUCACUUGUUUCUGUGACCUCGCAUAUGAAGAGAUAGUGUGGUCAGCACUAUGCCCAGCCGCCUUUGCUUUCCCUAACCAUCAGAGUUGGGUAGACUCAGAGAAUGUCUACUGACUUGUACCCGGAUUCGAACUCGAGACUUACGGGUUAGCAGUCCAGCUCUCUUAUUUCUCUAUUGUAUUCAAAUUAUGUUUGUAUGAUAAUAAACGAAAGCUGUCUUUUUUUUAAGGCGUUUGACACAUCAUGCGUAAUGGGUAUUUUCCACUCUUUAUGUUCCCCAUAACAAAUUCACACACACACAAACACACACACACAAACACACAGACGCCCAUUUAAUCAGUCUAAGCGCUAGGAUCUAGACAGAUUACAAUUACACGACACUGUGAAUUAAAUUAACCUUAAAAAAAACGCCGCGAUUCUCAACUCAUAGAUCUUAGACUCCGAUGUAAUUGACAUAAACACCAGAUAUCUAGAAACUUGUGAAUGCUUUGUUUAUGAAACAUUGCGUGUUCAGUGUGUCAUUUGUACCAACAAGGGUGAAUCAAUGGCAAAUCUAAUCGUAAAUUUAAGAGCACAUUAUUUAUUUAUUUAUGUUGCUGCGUAUUUGUGCGUAAUUGUGUCUGUUUGUCAGCCCCCACCCCAAAUAUAAAAAACCAACGGGUGCCCGUAUCUGAAGUUGA